CAAUGCUUUAGCUUUGCAUUGUGAAUUAACUAGAAAACAGAUAUAAUCUGUAAAUUUGAUUCACUUUAAUUAUGUUUUUCACCCAGGCGGCACAAGCGACUGCUGCCGCAGCUGCUGCUCAGAAUAGCCAAGGAGGGGCAAGGGCAGGUGCGCCUGCUGCCUCCACUAGACGGGUGGUGAAGGGACUCAAGGCCCCCAAGUCACUGGCUGCCAAGGCCAUGUACAAGACAGAGCAGAAGGGACCCACCAAACAGAACAUAUUCGACGAUGUGAAGGGUGAGAAGGGGGCAUUCGUCAUGAUGCCCGACGGAGACGUGAUGAAUGUGGGCCACGAACUCGAGAUGAAAGAGAGAUUGAUUGAGAACAUGAUGUUUCUGUACAGUGCAUUGCUCACAAAGGGACUCCUCAAAAAACUCAGAGCAAAGAAGGGUCUCUAUCGACGUGUGGCUCUCAUCGCAGCUGCUGUACUCUCGCAUCUCUAUGGAGACUCUCUCCAGAUGGACAUUCGGCUAGCUGCACGUCUAUUUGGAGCCCAACUCGCAGAUCUACUCGGAGACAAUGAGGAAUUCGAGACGUAUAUUGACCCACUGACGGGGGAGGUUAAGACGAGGAGGAAGCGGAAGCCAUUGCCAAAACUGGAAGUCAUAGUGGAUGCAGACGGCAGAAUGUGGGUCAUCACAGAUUCAGGUGAAAAGAUGGAACUGUUUAAAGACCCGAAGACUGGCAAGUGGAUGUUCCGGACCCAGUCUGGCACCCUGAUCCCCGUGCCAGAGAACCUGGACCUCAUCACGGAUCCCAUCACAGGGAAACUAUACUUGGCCGAGAAAAGAGAUCCUGGCGUGGAAAUAUUCGUGGACCCUCUCACUGGCAAAAUGUACAUCAGAACUAAGGAUGGACAGAAACUUGAGAUAAUGCGUGACGAAAAGACUGGGAAGUUGUUUAUGCGAACUGCUUCUGGCAACUGGGUGGAGCUACCCGAUGACCUCCAAGUCUACACAGACCCAGUUACUGGGAAGAUAUUCCUCGGACAACCACCUCCACCUCCUCCCCCUAUGGAGAUCUACACGGACCCCCUGACGGGGAAGCAGUACUUGAGGACUGCAGAUGGGGAGUUGCUGGAGUUGGUGAUGGGGGAAGAUGGGAAGUAUUACGUCAGAACUGAGUCUGGGAACCUCAGAGCUCUGCCUGAUGACAUGCAGAUGUUCACGGAUCCAGUGACUGGCAAGACAUACAUGGGAGCAAAUCCAGCUGCAGGCUAUGCGAUUGGUGGCGGUGACGCGUUUGAGAUGUUUACUGAUCCAGUAACCGGGAAGACAUACAUCAGAACCAGAGACGGACAGAUUAUGGAGGUCUACGUAGACCCCGAGACUGGAAAAACCUACUUCAGAACCAAAUCUGGCAGAUUGAAAGAGUUGCCAGCUGACAUGGAGUUGUACGUUGAUCCAAUCACAGGGAAAAGUUACAUUCGGCAAACUAAAGAUCCUGGCCUGGAGAUUUUCACGGACCCAGUGACUGGGAAGAUGUAUAUGCGCACUAAGGACGGGGAGGUCCUCGAGGUCAUAGUUGGAGAGGAUGGCAAGACAUAUUUCAGGACCAAAUCCGGAAACCUCAAAGAGAUCGGAGACCACUUGGAGAUGUACGUGGACCCCAUCACUGGCAAGAUGUACCUGGGAGAGAGGAGGAAUCCUGGCAUGGAGAUGUGGACUGACCCGGACACUGGCAUCACAUACGUCAGAACUGCAGACGGCCAGGUACUUGAGAUGUGGACUGACCCGGAUACAGGGAAGACUUACUUGAGGACUAAGAGUGGCCGGAUUGUGAGUGAGGUGGAUGAGAACAUGAUGAUGUACACAGACCCCAAGACAGGAAAGAGAUACCUCGCUUCCAAACCAGGAGCCCAGAAGGCGGGUGUUUUCACAGACCCCAUCACGGGCAAGAUCUACCUGCGCACUGCUUCUGGUCGCAUCAUUGAGGCCACCCUGGACGGACAGUGUGAACUGUGGGUGAAUGCACUGCUAAACAAAAUACUCCUCAAAGAACCAGCUGGACGAAUGAACAGAGUGCCGGCGAACUUCCAGUUGAUUUAUGACUCUAAGAGUCUCCGAGUGUUGCUGCAGUUGGAGAAUGCCCACUUGAUAGAACUGACCAACAGUCGGGAAGUGGGAUUGAACACCUCUACCAACAAACUAAACGCCAAAAUAAAAGGAGCUGGUGAUGCUGACUUUUCAUUUGACCUUGACACCAGUGACGUGUUCUUAUCCAGCGGGGCGAAGGGCAGGAGUACUGCUAUUGCGUCAGACGGCAGUGUCUAUUACGAAGCCAAAACAUCUACCAGCUAUGUGCGAACUAUAUCCGGGAGAUUUCAUGAGUUGCCAACCGAGUCUGAUGCUAGCUUGAACACGGAGAAAACUCAGGUGAUGGUGCAGGCCAUGGACGGACUAAAGGAGCUGGGAGAGGAUGUCCUCUUGUAUACAGAACCCACAAAUGGGAAGACAUUCUUCAGGACUACAUCCGGACACUAUACAAAAUUAGAAGAUGACUUGGAGGUUAUUUGGAAAAAAGAGACUGGUUUCGGCAAAAUUCAUUUCAAGCUCGGAGAAAAUGAGAACGACGUUAAAGAAGUCUGCUGCAAUUGGGAGUUGAAAAAAUCUUCCUCGGGGAAAGACAUCGUCGUACCAGACAAAAGUGUAUGUAUUGGAUGGGAGCUGUUCACGGAUGCUACAGGCAGAAAAUAUCUCAGAGCAAGAGACGACGCUUUUGAUGACAUUGACCUGAGUAAGCUGCCGCCCGAGGAGAGGGCGAGGAUAGAGGCCUUGAGAAGGAGGAAGAUGAAGGCGGACGAAAAGAGGAGGCGGGAGGAGGAUGUGCUGAAGAGACAAGAGGAGAGGCAGCAUCAGGAGAUGAUGAAGACACUUGGCAUGGACGAAUUCAUCAAGGAGAAACAACGACUUGCUCUGCAGGCAGAAAGAGAGAAGAGUGCCGAGAUGAAGAAGAAAACGGCGGAGCAGUUGUGGGAGGAGCGUGAACUGAUUCGGAGGGCGGAGAUGCUGGAGAAGAUGAAGAACAUGGCGACGGCGGAACAGGUGGCCUACGAGGAGAUGAUGAACGAAUACGACAACUGGAACCCUUUGAUGCUGCAAGAACUGAAUUUCAUGGAACAGAACAGUGCAUUGAGCCAGGCAUUUCUCUACUCUUACUUCGAAGUUCUCAAAAUGUCCAAAAAAGCUCCCUCAGACGACUAGAUUGAUAAAAAGUCUUGUUGAUGAAACUAAUCACUAGUAUAGUUAAAUUCAAAUCAUU